AUGGAUUCAUAUAGUCAAUCUAGCUUUCUAGACCUUUUAAACAAUCAACAACCAAACCUUCAACCUGGUAUACAACUCCCUGCCUCGAACGUGUGUGUCUUCGGUUCUCAAUGGGGUGAAGGUGCUAAUGCUGAUGGUCACACUAUCGACGACCGUAAGGAGAGAAGGAAAUGGACACCAGCAGAAGACAUUGUCUUGAUAAGUGCUUGGUUAAACACCUCGAAAGACCCUGUUGUGGGGAAUGAGAAAAAGGCAAUUGCAUUUUGGAAACGCAUUGCUGCUUAUUUUGCAGCAUCUCCCAAGCUCGCUGGUUUGCAAAAGAGAGAGCCGACUCACUGUAAACAGAGGUGGGGGAAGAUUAACGAGGGUGUCUGCAAGUUUGUAGGGUGCUAUGAGGCUGCAAUGAAAUCAAGUGGGCAGAGUCAAAAUGAUGUGAUGAGAAUGGCACAUGAGAUUUUCUACAAUGAUUACAAAGUGAAAUUCACUAUGGAGCAUGCAUGGUUGGAGCUUCGCCAUGAUCAAAAAUGGUGUGGAGCUUCAACAACUAAGGAUAAAGUGCAGUCCAAGAGAAGGAAGCUAGAUGACCAAUCCGCACAGAGUUCAACCUCUGUUCCAGUAAGCCAUGGAGAUGAUGAAGUUAGUGCUCGGCCUAUAGGUGUUAAAGCCGCAAAGGGAAAAGGUAAAAGGACUGUCGAAGAGGAAGGGAAGCCGGUGAAGGAGUUUGAGAGUUUUUGGGACAUAAGGCAAAAGGACUUUGCCUUGAGGGAUAAGCUUAACAAGCAAAAAUUGCUUGAGAGCCUCAUUGCCAAGACAGAGCCUCUUGAUGAACUUGAAAUUGCUUUGAAAACUAAGCUUAUUAAUGACAUGUUGGCUAAUUAG